AGCUCCCCCAUAUUUGGAAAAAAAUGGUAUCGCCCAGGUUUGAACUUGAAAGUUGACGAAUGCGAUUUUGAAAGAGCAGGUUAACUGUUGCCGACUUCACAUAGUGGGUCGCAACUUAUUUUUCAUGUUUUUACGUCUUUUGUUUACUACACCAGGACCAGAGAGAGAUGCCUGCGGAUAAUUCCCCGGCUGACUUUCCCAGCCUGGAAAAAGUUGACUCUCCAAAUGGGAGCCCACCUACGGCCUCAUUAUCCAGUCUAAUGGAGCUGGAAAAUUGUGUUUCCAACCUGAGCCUCGCACAUGAAAUAGUGGUGAACAGAGACUUCUGCUUCAAACCCAGGAGCCCCCUGGAGGGCAGAGUGACGGAGAUCGUUCACCAGGCAUUUUGGGACAGUCUUCAAGAACAGCUGAACAGCGAUCCGCCAAAUUACAACCAUGCAGUUGUUCUGCUGCAGGAGGUCAAAACUCUGCUUUCGUCCCUGCUGCUGCCCGGUCACUCCAGGCUGCGGGCUCAGCUGGACGAGGUGCUGGACAUGGAACUGAUCCGGCAGCAGGUGGAUCACGGCGCCUUGGACCUGCACAAACUGGCGGGAUUCAUCACCAACACCAUGGCCUCGUUGUGUGCUCCCGUGCGUGACUCAGAGGUCAGGGCUUUGCAGGACCUCAAGGACCCUGUGGAGCUCCUGAAGUCAAUUUUCCGCGUCUUGGGACUGAUGAGGACCGACAUGGUAAACUUCACCAUCCAGAGCCUGAGGCCUCAUCUCCUGCAGCAGGCUGCACAGUACGAGAGGACAAAAUUCCAGCAGAUUCUGGAGAAGCACCCAGACAACACAGCCACGUGGCUUCAGGCAGCAGCAGAAGAGGAGGCGUCGGCGUGCGGAACCCGGUGUGAUUCCCCCGGUCCUGACAGCCGAGGUCCCCCCAGCGCCACCGCCGUCCUCAACCGGGCCUACCUGCGCCUGCUCGGCUGGGACCCGCAGGAUGACAAGUAUCCGGAGACCGUGCUGAUGGACCGAGCCCGCCUGGACGCUCUGGGCCGGCGGCUCCAGGUGCUGGUCCUGGAGGCCUCGGUUCUGCUCGUGAGCGGUUCGCAGUUCGGAGGUGUCAUUUCCCCCCUGCGAGGGUUUGUAGGUAAACUCGGGCAGUCCGUCGCUGCCCUGCUGGAGGGCAGUCGCGCCAGCAGGGAAGCAGACCUGAAGGCGGCCAUGUUGGGGCUUGGGGAGGUGGUGCUGAAGCAGGUGACUGAGGCUCUGAGCAACCAAGGAGGAGGAGCACUGCCUCAGGAGAGCCAGGAUCUGCUGAGGGGACAAAUAUCUGACCUGUGGAGGCAAAACAACCCUGUUCGCACACUAAUAGGAGAAAGGGUUCAAGACUUCCUUCUGGCGAUGCUGCAAGGCAGCCUGGCUAAAAGGAGUCCGGAGCUGCCUUUCCCCCUCGGGCUACUGAGUGCCGAGCUAGCAGAGCUGGGAAUGAACUUCAGGCAAAUUGUCCACUUCAACCGAACGGUGUUUGGUCCCUUCUAUGCACCCAUCCUCAGGAAACUGCUGUUCCCGACAGCAGAGCAUGAAACUGGGGAGGACUCGCGCUAAGCUAAUGGUGACCAGAACACGAGCAGCUAUUUUGGUGUCCGAUUUGUCACUUUGGACGCACAUAUGGUCACAUGUCACACUCACAAAAAUGUAAAACCAGCCAGUUGAAUUUGAAGUCCUUCUUCUAUUUUUUUAAUUGACAUUUACAGUCUUCAGACACAAAAUGGUUCCUUAAAUGUCAGGACUGAAAUGUCCAGGUGAAAGCAUAAGGCAGUUACUUAAUAGUUAUAGUACAUUUAAGACAAAUAUCUGUACACAAAACUCAAAGACUGGUGGAGGUAAAAAGCAACAGUCACAAUUGUUCCGAAGAAGAGACUGGAAAGUAAAAAAAAACAAACAAACAGAGAAGGAGUACCAAAGAAAAUCUUGUAAGAUGUUGUAAAGUAGGACUUUGU